CUUGCUGGAGCCCAGGGCUGGCUCCUGAGGAGCUGCCAGCAGCACUCUGUGGUUUGGGAAUCAGCUGCACUUUGCUCAGCUUCUUUCAAAGCCUCUGCACCCACGGCUGAAAAAUUGUGUUUCAAGUUGUGAAUGGGGAAAUGCUGUGCUGCUUUCAUGGGCUGAGGAGAAGGGACACGGACUGGCUCAGGGCUGAGCCCCUUCCAGGCUGUUCCACGGGGAUGUUCCUCUGCUGACCUGGCAGAAAAACUGACUGGAACUGAGCUCUGGAAAAACAAAGUGGAGCUUGGAGCAUGUGGCCUGAGGAUUGCCUUGCACAGCCAGGGGUGGUAGCCAAGCAGUGAGCAGGAUGCCCCCAGGCAUUUACUGCCCUACGGAAUUCUGGUCCAAGGGGGAAAACCAAAACAUCCAGGUGGACUUUUUGCUGCCCACAGGCAUAUACUUGAACCUCUCAGUGCCCUGCAAUGCCAGCCUGGGCACCAUCAAGCAGGUGCUCUGGAGGCAGGCGCAGCACGAGCCGCUGUUCCACAUGCUCAGCGGCCCCGAGGCCUACGUGUUCACCUGCAUCAACCAGACGGCCGAGCAGCAGGAGCUGGAGGACGAGCAGCGCCGCCUCUGCGACAUCCAGCCCUUCCUGCCCGUGCUGCGCCUCGUGGCGCGCGAGGGCGACCGGGCCAAGAAGCUCAUCAACUCCCAGAUCAGCCUGCUCAUCGGCAGAGGUUUGCACGAGUUUGACUCUGUGCAGGACCCCGAGGUGAGCGAGUUCCGUGCCAAGAUGUGCCAGUUCUGCGAGGAGAAGGCGGCCAGGCGGCAGCAGCUGGGCUGGGCAGCCUGGAUGGAGUACAACUUCCCCCUGCAGCUGGAGCCCGUGGCCAAGGGCCUCAGCUCUCUGCAAAUCCCCACCCAGAACAUUUUUGUCAACAUCAGGUUCCAGUCUGGCGGGGAGAGCUUCAUGUUCCAGAUCUCCCCCUGGGACUUCCCCAUCACCCUGAUGAGCUAUGCUGUUAAGAAACAUGCCACCGUGUUCCGCCACGAGACCGUGCACAGGCCAGAGGACUACACCCUGCAGGUGAAUGGGAAAUGUGAAUAUCUCUAUGGGAACUACCCCCUGCACCAGUUCCAGCACAUCCGCAGCUGCCUGCAGCGGGGCCUGACCCCCCACCUGACCAUGGUGCACUCCUCUGCCAUCAUUGCCAUGAGGGACGAGCAGAGCAACUGCAUCACCAGCCCCCCAAAGGCGGCCUGCAAGCCCCCCCCGCUCCCCAAGAAAAAGCCAAACUAUGGCUCUCUCUGGUCCUUUGAGCAGCCUUUCUACAUCGAGCUGGUGCAGGGCAGCAAGGUCAAUGCAGACGAGAGAAUGAAGCUGGUGGUGCAGGCAGGGCUGUUCCACGGCGCUGAGAUGCUGUGCAAGACCGUGUCGAGCUCGGAGGUGAGCGUGUGCUCGGAGCCCGUGUGGCGGCAGCGCCUGGACUUCGACAUCAGCGUCUGCGACCUGCCGCGCAUGGCCCGCCUCUGCCUCGCGCUCUACGCCGUCAUCGAGAAGGCCAAGAAGGCUCGCUCCACCAAGAAGAAGUCCAAGAAAGCUGACUGCCCCAUCGCCUGGGCCAACGUGAUGCUCUUCGACUACAAGGACCAGCUGAAAACGGGGGAGUGCUGCCUGCACAUGUGGUCCUCCUUCCCAGAUGAGAAAGGGGAACUUCUGAACCCCAUGGGCACAGUGCAGUGCAACCCCAACACUGAGAGUGCAGCAGCCUUGGUCAUCUGCUUCCCCAGCGUGGCAGCACAUCCUGUGUACUACCCAUCCUUUGAGCAGCUGCUGGAGUUGGGGAGGAAUGGAGAACAACCCCGAGCUGCCCCAGAAGAUUCCGAGGAGAAGCUGCAGCUGAAGGAGAUCCUGGAGCGCAGGAGCCACACGGAGCUGUACGAGCACGAGAAGGACCUGGUGUGGAAGAUGAGGUUCGACAUCCGCGACCAGUACCCGCAGGCCCUGGCCAAGCUGCUCGUCAUCACCAAGUGGAACAAGCACGAGGAUGUUGCCCAGAUGAUUUCCCUGCUUCAGACCUGGCCUGAGCUGCCUGUCCUGAAUGCCUUGGAGCUGCUGGAUUUCAGCUUUCCUGACCGUUACGUUGGCUCCUUUGCUGUCAACUCCCUGAAGAAGCUGACGGAUGAUGACGUGUUCCAAUACCUGCUGCAGCUUGUCCAGGUGCUCAAGUAUGAAUCCUACCUAGACUGUGAAUUGACCAAGUUCCUGCUGGAAAGGGCAUUAUCCAACCGCAAGAUCGGCCACUUCCUCUUCUGGCAUCUCAGGUCGGAGAUGCACGUGCCCGCCGUGUCCCUGAGGUUUGGGCUGAUCCUGGAAGCCUACUGCCGGGGCAGCACCCACCACAUGAAGGUGCUGAUGAAGCAGGGAGAAGCACUGAACAAGAUGAAAGCUCUGAAUGACUUUGUGAAAGUGAGUUCUCAGAAGGCCACCAAGCCUCAGACCAAGGAGAUGAUGCACAUGUGCAUGAAGCAGGAAACCUACAGGGAAGCCCUUUCCCACCUCCAGUCCCCCCUGAACCCCAACAUUAUCCUCGCUGAAGUUUGUGUGGAUCAGUGCACCUUCAUGGACUCCAAAAUGAAACCUUUGUGGAUUGUGUUUAAUAAUGAAGAGACAGGUCGAGGUGGAGUGGGUAUAAUUUUUAAAAAUGGAGAUGAUCUGCGCCAGGACAUGCUGACUCUGCAGAUGAUCCAGCUGAUGGACAUCCUGUGGAAGCAGGAGGGCCUGGACCUGAGGAUGACCCCUUAUGGCUGCCUCUCCACAGGAGACAAGACGGGGCUCAUUGAGGUGGUCAUGCACUCGGACACCAUCGCCAACAUCCAGCUCAACAAGAGCAACAUGGUGGCCACGGCUGCCUUCAACAAGGACGCUCUGCUGAACUGGCUCAAGUCCAAGAACCCGGGGGAUGCCUUGGAGCAAGCCAUCGAGGAGUUCACCCUGUCCUGUGCUGGGUACUGCGUGGCCACCUACGUGCUGGGCAUCGGGGACCGGCACAGCGACAACAUCAUGGUCCGGGAGACGGGGCAGCUGUUCCAUAUUGAUUUUGGUCACUUUUUGGGGAACUUCAAGACUAAAUUUGGUAUCAAUAGAGAACGAGUUCCUUUCAUCUUAACCUAUGACUUCGUGCACGUCAUCCAGCAAGGAAAAACUAACAACAAUGAGAAGUUUGAAAGGUUCAGGGGGUACUGUGAGAGGGCCUACAUGAUCCUGCGGCGCCACGGGCUCCUCUUCCUGCACCUCUUUGCACUGAUGAAGGCUGCUGGGCUGCCAGAGCUCAGCUGCUCCAAAGACAUCCAGUACCUAAAGGACUCCCUGGCCCUUGGGAAGACUGAUGAGGAGGCACUGAAGCACUUCAGAGUGAAGUUUAAUGAAGCUCUGCGGGAGAGCUGGAAAACCAAAGUGAACUGGCUGGCACACAACGUCUCCAAAGACAACAGGCAGUAGAGCAGGAGCUGCCCCAGGUGCCUGAAGACUCAACAGUGGUGCAGUGGGCAAGAUCCCCCAGAGAUCAGACAUUGCUGCACGACUGAAAAACUGCUGGCCUGUCCUCAGCCACAGCCUGUGGCUGCUCUGCAUCUCUGGGGGACAAGGGAGAGACGUGAGGCAAUAAAACUACUGCAGUCAAGGUAGGGAGAGGUACUGGACCUUGAGAACUCCUUGAGCUUCAAAUACGUGUUUCAAUGGAAGAGUCGA